CCGGCCGGGUGGGCCUCCGGGAUGGGCGGCGAGGCGGCCCCAGCAGCCCCCAACCUCGGCGGGCUGGUGCUCGGGCACCCGAGUAGGGGGGCCGGGGGCCGGUGAACUGGGUGGGGCCCUUGCGGGGUGCUGGGAUCCCGCGGUUCCUUGGCACAGGGGUGGGGCCGGAGACGCCGUGAGUGUGCAGCGCGUGUGAGUGAGUGUGCGGAGGCGUGCGCCCCCGUGUGCGCGCGGCGUGCGCUCGCCGGGAGGUGCGGGCGCCUGGCGGCCCGGAGCGCCUCUCCCGCGCUGCAGCGGCGCGGAAGUCGGGGCGCGUUGGCGCGCACGCUCGCUCCGCCGCCGUGCCCGCUCCGCGGGGCGGCGGGCCGGGGCCCCGUCGGGAAGCAGCUGCUUCCCGGGUCUGCUGUGCCCCUCGCCGCGCGCGCCGGCUGCGGCUGCCCGGGCCAGAUAGCGCCUCGGGGCAGCCCUGGCGGCCUUAUCUCGCCGGCCCUCCUCACCCGCGCGGCGAUCCGGGGGCGAGGCCGCCGCGAGCCCGCAGCCCGCUGCUCGUGUACCGAUGCGGCGGGGGCAGCUGGCCGGCCGUGGCCGGGGGCGCGCGUGGGCACUGGGGCCAGGCGCUGGCCAGGAGCGAAAGCGGCAGAUGCCCUUGGGCAUCGCCGCCCUCGCCCCACCUGUCGCGGGUGGACUUCGGGGCGGGUGGGAAGCGGAGAAAAGGGGUUUCCAGGCGGGCGGCCGUCAGACCUUGAGCAGGCGGCCCCAUUGUGAAGCUGCCAAACUCUCUCUAGUGGUGGAAUCUGCAAAUCUCUGCCAGAAAGGAGAUGGGAACUCGAAGGGAAUGAUGGCCCCGUCCUUUUCCCCUUGCAAGUGUUCCACAUCCUUAGGGUCUCUCUGCCUCUCCACCCAGGCGACUUUGCACCCGGGGAGUAUCUGGAGUAGAGCAGAAAAAUUAUUAUGCCUCUGUUCUCUUGGGACUCAUUGGAAAUUGUACAGUGACGUCUUCUGGGAUCUAGUCUGGCGUGUGCAGACUGGUGCCUAAAAUGGAAGUAGAUGUUAAUGGAGAGUCCAGAAGUGCCCUGGCCACUCUGCCCUUGCCCGUGGCCGAGGCCGGCUCCCCGGGAAAGGCCGAGGCCGAGAAGCCCCGCUGCUCCAGCACGCCGUGCUCCCCGAUGCGCCGGACUGUGUCAGGCUACCAGAUCCUCCACAUGGACUCUAACUAUUUGGUUGGCUUCACGACUGGUGAGGAACUCCUGAAGUUAGCCCAGAAGUGCACAGGAGGUGAAGAGAGUAAGGGAGAAGCCAUGCCUUCCUUGCGCUCCAAACAGCUGGAUGCAGGACUUGCACGUUCCUCUCGUUUGUAUAAAGCCAGGAGUAGGUACUACCAGCCAUACGAGAUUCCAGCUGUCAAUGGCAGGAGGCGAAGGCGGAUGCCCAGCUCAGGAGACAAGUGCACUAAAUCUUUACCUUAUGAACCUUAUAAGGCCCUCCAUGGGCCCCUGCCUCUUUGUCUUCUUAAAGGUAAGAGGGCUCAUUCCAAAUCUCUGGACUACCUCAAUCUAGAUAAAAUGAGCAUCAAGGAGCCAGCUGACACAGAAGUGCUACAGUACCAGCUGCAACACCUAACCCUCAGAGGGGACCGUGUUUUUGCUAGGAAUAAUACAUGAAUGACGAGCAGAGAGUGUAAACCAGUUUAGGUCAGCCUCCACUUGGCUAGAAAAAUCCACCGUUGUACUCUGUACAGGACUCUUCACACUAUAGAUGGUUAUAUCAGCUAAGUGUUCCUGGAACAUAAAAAUUGUUGGCAUCAGAUUUUGAAUACAGGAAUGAAAUCACAGGUACUUGGAGGGAAAUCAUUCUAGAGCCCGCGACUGCAAAGAAAACAAUGUUGACCAAUAGUUUAUAGCUUUUUAGCUAGGAAAAAAAAGGCUUUGGUACAGUCAUAUCUUUAUGAUUCUGACGCUCAAAUUGGAAAUGUUAUCUGCUUGGUUGUUGCUGAUUUGGUAUGAUUCAUUAGAAAUUUAUAUCUUAAGUACUCAAGUACUUCUUUACUCUCUGUAUUUUACUAUAAAAUGUAUGUAAUGAUUUGUUUUAUGAACUUUAGAACUUGAACAUUGCUGAAUUGGACCACUUUUUAUUUUUAAAUAUUGAGUUUAAAUAUUUUAUAACUGGUUUUGCACUGAAAAAAUUAACAUUUCAGACUGACAAGAGAAUAAUCUUUCUUCACUUGCCUCAAUAUUAUUGAGCAAUGAAUUUUUUAUUUCCGCAUGGAAAGUUAUUGAUCUUGAUGGCUGUAAAAUAUUUCUUUAUAGCGUUAUUAAAGUGUGUCUUAAUAAAAUUAAAUUUGGGAUACAAAGUAUUUAUUUUACAAUGGGUGGGGGGAAGCUUUUCCAGAAAGUUUCCAAUAUGAAGUUUUCGUAAGUUGAAAAACUUUCCUUAGUGCUUAUUUUCUAAUUUAAAAUUCAUCUGGAACUUUAAAAUGGAAAGGAUUCUUUUAAUUGUGGACUAUAGGCGUAAUACUGUUUGCAUCUGAAUGUUCUGUAAGUGAAUGGAACUUUUAAUAGCGGACCUCCUGGUUUCUACUAUUGAAUGCUUAAACUAGGUAUGAAGUGAUACCAGUCAGCAUGGCAUUGGAUCAUUCCACUUUCAGUUCUGUGCAGCAUAAGCACUCAUUGAAAUUCCAGUUUCUAGGAUUAGUGUAGGAGCCUAAAGUGCUUCUACAGUUUUAAUGGGUUAAUCCUGGAUUACUUAACAAUUUAUGUCAAUUGCACUGGUUUAAUUUGUUGCUAAAGAAAUAAUGCCCUGGCUUUAGUAACAAAUACAGCUCAACUAUUCUUGAAUAUAUUUUGAGGGAAAAAAAUGUAUGUAACUUACCUUUUACCUUUUGUAAAAGUUUCUAUUUCUUUUCUUUUUUGACUCUUGAAGGUGCAAUUUAUUUCUGAAUUGGCAUUUCUGGAAGCAUAGAACUGCUUCUUUUAAAUUUUAGUUUGGGCGCUCUGAGUUUCUUAGGUGUUAGCAAUCCUGCUUAUAAAAUAAGAAGACCUUUUAAUUAAUGAGUGGGUCAUUCCUGAUACAGGUGUGACUUUUCUUUAGCCAGAAUGAAUGGCAAACACUAUUUAGAGCAGAAUAAGUAUUAGAAAACCCCAGGAACUCUUAAUCAACAUUUAUUACACUUUCACUGCGGCAAACCACGUGAAAGAGCCUUGAGGAAGCUGACAGGUAUCUUCCUGAGUUGAUCAGAUUUCUUGGUGGGCUGGAAAUUUUCAGCUGUUGUAUAUUUUAAAGUAAAUUGCACCUUUGUAACAUAUUGUAUUGACGAAUGAUCACUAAGAUUAACUAUAUCUCUACAGUCAUUAGUUUGACAAGAAAUAGAAUCCUGUCAGAUGCCAAAGAGUUGGGAUUUUUACGUUUAAUGAUUAAACACCGUUAUUUAUUGAUGAUUUACCCUGUGGAACUGUGUUAUUUCUAACUAUGAAAUAAAAGGGUGAUGUAAACACACAUUGUUGUGUGGUGCUUUAAACGAGGUCCACCUUCAACCUGGUUACUAUUCAAGAAUUCCAUCGAAGCACUUAUUUUUAGGCCCCAUUUUUGUAAAAAAAAAAAAAACAACAACAAAACUUUCUUUUAGUGUUCAAGGUAAAGGAUGUGUUCAUGGCGGUGAUGUGUCCUUGGUCUGUUAGGAAACACAACUGUGUGCCUGUGAGACCUGUCCCUGCCCGUGUGCCUCAGUGAUUUCUUGAGCUCAAUAAAAAUA